CUUUCUCUGUCAAAAAUCAACAUCAGCUUCCUUAUGUAAUGCAUGAAUUUAAUUAAAUAUCUUCCAUAAUAAAACAACCAUGUAAACCCCCCAAAAAAAAAGGCCAACUGGGUGUGUUUUUUUUUUUUUUGCUUCAGCAGUUGCAGGGAAGGCUCAGUUUGCACUUGUUCUUCUUCCAUCUUUUUUUUUUUUUUUUUUUUUCCCCUCAUAUUAUGCUUCCAGUCUUUUACAGCUUGUAAAAAAUGCAAUCUAAUUUAUUAUAUGCUCUCCCUUUGCUUUUACUUUCAUGUAUCCAUGGAUUUUACUAUCUCACUUUAGCUCAAGAUUCAGAACAGAACUAUUACGACUGCAGAUCAGCUCUUUUCCUUUCUGGAAGUGUAUUUGAGCAGAACUUAAACCUCACCCUCACUUGGCUUGCUGGAAAUGUUUCUCUAGAUGGUGGAUUUCACAACAUCAGUGUGGGUCAGAACCUUGAUACUACUAUUUAUGGCCUUGUACAAUGCGCAGGCUAUGCCACUGCCAAAGAAUGUCAAGAUUGUGCAAACAUUGCUGCUAGAAGAAUCAGGGGAAUUUGUGCAAACAAAAAGGAGGCUUCCAUAGGAUUUCUAUAUUGCUCGAUGCGCUAUUCCAAUCAGCGUUUCUUCUCUACUACUUUCGACAGUGUUGAAAGAUACUCGUUGCCUAAUCGGAACAAUGUAACCGAUCCAGUUGUUUGGAAUCAUCAACUGGAUAACUUGCUGAACAAUCUAUCAUCGCGAGCUGCCUCUGCUCCUUCAAGAUUUGUAGAUGGGAAUGCCACUUACAAAGAUUCAGACAAUAUAUAUGCUAUUGUACAGUGUACCAGAGACUUAACACAAAACAACUGCUUAACUUGCCUGGAAGAUGUUAUUGGUUACAUACCUCAGUCCUGUGAUGGGAAAAGAGGGUGUCAGAUAUAUUCUAUAAGUUGCUUCCUUCGUUAUGAUUCAUACAAUUUCCUUAUGUCAGCUUCACCACCUGGAUUAGCACCUUCUCCUCCAUCUCCAAACUCUCCCACCGCAGGAGGUAAGAAGAACACUAAAAAGACAAUCGUUACUGUUGUGAUCCCUGUAAUCGUGAGCCUGAUGGUGAUACUCAUGAUCUGUGCUUUCUUUGUACAAAGAAAUGCCAAGAGAAAGAGACUUGAUGGUAUUCAUGAAGAUGGGGAUGGUAACUUGGAGUUAAUUGUGAUUGGACUAAGAACAAUUAAAGUCGCAACAGGAAAUUUCUCCAACGUGAACAAACUUGGAGAAGGUGGUUUUGGUCCAGUUUACAAGGGUGUGCUGAGUAAUGGACAAGAAAUAGCAGUCAAGAGGCUGUCAAGUCACUCAGGUCAAGGUUUGGAUGAACUGAAAACAGAAGUAAAGCUGGUUGCUAAAUUGCUGCACCGGAAUCUGGUAAAGCUAUUGGGCUACUGCUUAGAAGAUGAAGAGAAGCUACUGGUUUAUGAAUAUCUGCCUAAUGGGAGCUUGGACAAAAUUUUGUUUGAUAAGCAAAAACAAUCUUCCUUGGAAUGGAAAACACGGUACAAAAUCAUGGUUGGCAUUGCUCGUGGGCUACUUUAUCUGCAUGAAGAUUCUCGGCUUAGGAUUAUACAUAGAGAUUUGAAAGCAAGUAACAUUCUGUUAGAUGAAGACUUGAAUCCCAAAAUUUCAGACUUCGGUGUUGCAAAACUAUUCGGUGGAAGUGAGACUCAAGCCAAUACAAGACGGAUUUGGGGUACUUAUGGAUACAUGGCACCAGAGUAUGUCAGGCAUGGAAACUUUUCGACUAAAUCUGAUGUGUAUAGCUAUGGCAUUUUAGUUUUGGAAAUUAUUACUGGUAAAAGGGUCUCAGGCCGUCACAAUUUCACAAAUCUGCAAAGUCAUGCAUGGAAAAACUGGGAAAAUGGAGCCGCUUUGGAGCUGAUGGAUUCAACAAUGGAUGGGCAGUGGUCUAGAGAUGAAGCUUUAAACUGCAUCCACAUUGGGUUGCUAUGUGUUCAAGAGGCUGCUUCUGAUAGACCAAAAAUGUCAGAGGUUGUUUUGAUGCUUACCAAUUUCUCUAUGUCCUUUCCAAUACCUUCAAGGCCAGCAUUUUUUGUUUCGGGUGUCGAAAGUGAUAGUUUGAGAUUAGUGAAAGAAAAUUCUGGAUGAACCACAGAAGCUUCAAAUCAUAAUCAAUCUGUUAAUGAGGUUACACUUACUGAAUUACAUCCUCGCGAUUGAAAAUGUUAAAAUGUUGUAUGCUUUCUCUUCUAGAAUUAAGCUUGUUCAGAUGUCACGAGGGAUAUCAAUCUCCUACUCUUGCUGUGUGUGCUGAGGACAUGUACAAUAAAUAAAGUGUUUUCCCAGUAAAACUAUGA